AACGAAUUUCUACUUUGAAAUUUUGAUUGAUUGGUUUUAUAUACUACCCCCUGAAAUAUUCAAUAUUUCUCAAAAUAGUUCUGUUUUCAUGGACUUAAGUUUUAUUUCGAAGGUUUAUUUUAACUAUUGGUUUUUGGUUGCAGCUGUUUUGGAAAAUAUUUUUCCAGAGAUUGCCUACCUUUUUUUCAACACAUUCACUGGUCCAACUUCGAUGUUUGAUUAUAGUCCUCAUAUUUAUGAUGGUCUCCUAAAUAUCAUUGAUGUCAAACUGCAGGAGAAAGAUGCUGAUUCUUCUGAUGACCUGGACAAAAGCAAUAAUAAAAACAGUAAUGACAGCAGUGAUAGGGGCCUGAAUAGCUUGAAGAGUUGUGAUAGCAGCUAUAAUCAGAGUAUCAAGCUUGAAAGACUAGAGAUCAGUGUUCCCGCUAAAAUCAGUUACGCUGUUAAUAUCCAACGACUUAUAAAGCUGGAAAGCAAUAACCAGCUAAAAUCAACAAAAGAUGUUGAUCUAACUGAGCUCAAGCUACAUGCUGCUUACUGUCUAAGAGUCGAAUCCUUUUUCAAGAACAGAAUGAAGUUUUUCAAGCACUGCAUUGAACUCAAAGACCCCUUUCCCCAAUACUUAAAGAAAUCAAGAAGCGAAGCAUUUAAAUCCAGAAAGCUCAGUAUCAAGGAAAAUCAGAUAGUUGAGUUUAACAAGCACCAUAUUGGGUUGCUCAGCUAUCCAGAUUAUAUCAUCCAGAGCGAGAUAAGGCACACAGACCAGGUUCAUUUCAACGAUUUGAAGGUGUUCAGCUUGAAGUAUUUUAAUUCGAAUGAAACCCAGGGAAAGGCUUUAAUGGAAAGCACCUCUUCCAACGUCGAGAUGGUUUUGCUUCACAAUAACUUUACGUUGAAUCAAUAUGGUUGCAUUGAUCAGCUUGAUUUCCACCCCAACUUGGAGGAGUUAGACGAGCUGGUUGAGAACAGCAGAGAGAUUCAGGAGAAAGAUCUCAAUAACAUUUAUUUCGAUAGAAUCCAAAUCUUCCAGAAUUUUGAAGCAGUUAAGGACGAAUCACUGAGUUUUUUCCAGCCAUUGCAGAAAUUGCAAGAAGUGUUGCACAAUUGAGCUUGGUCGAUUUUUUGUUUCAUUUUAUCUUAUUCUAUCUUAUUCUAUCUUAUCUUAUUUUAUUCUAUCAUACUUUCUUUUCUCCCACCUUUAACGUUUUAGAAUCCUUAUACUAUAGCCUAUAAUGACUUUUUAAUUCAUAUAUUAUCACUGUCCCUCCUUCCAUUGGCAAAUAAAAAAUACAAAUACUUUUUACGACACUUUAGUGUAGCAGGAAACCAUCUUCUGUAAUUUAUUGAUAGAAUAGGUUUAAAGGGAAUUUUAAAUCUCCGUUAAAUGUUUAGUAGAAACAAUACUAAAGAGUAAAUAUGAAUAAUGAAUUGAAUAAAUGACUAAUAAAAGAUAAAGAUAAAGAUAAAGAUAAAGAUAAAGAUAAAGAUAA